AUGUUUUCAUUCCUUCUCUUAAGCGUGUCAUUAUCAACAAAUACAACAAUUGAAGAUAUAAUGAAUAUAAGAGAUGAAAUUAUACUUCUCAGGCAAGAAGUUGCCUCUUUAAGAAAAUUAUUAGAAGCAAUUCAAAAUUAUACAGAAGAAGAUCAAUAUAUGGCAGAAGAAAAUGAACCGAAUAUCAAAUAUCCACCGUUUUAUAACUCUCAACGUGCCUUGAAAGCUAAACAGCAGAAAAAUAGUUUCUUUUCAGCAAAAGGUGUUUCCACAGGUGAAUCAUAUGCAACACUUGGAUCACUAAAUACCAAUGCAAAGAAGGAAAAGCUUCGAAACAAUGAAAGACUUCUAUUCGAAAAAAAUUCGAAAGCUUUGGAUUAA